GCCCAGCCUAAGUGGGCUGCGUCCUCUGGGUCCUGAGGCGGGAGUCUGGCCGCAGUGACUAGACUGUGCCCCGGAGGCUGCUCGGAAUUCCACUAAAUGCUGGAAGCACGCAGAGGCUCUUGAGGCGGCCAGCUGCGUAGCAUGUGGAGGAGCCAGGAGAGUGCACCGCAGUAUGGGACCUGAGCGUCUGAGACCGAACCAGGAUGGGGAGUCGGAAGGGGACAAAUCCGCGAUCCUAGUCACGCAUGCGAGACUGGGCAAAGGAAGGCUCGAGUGUGUGUAAGACUGCGGUGGGACUGCUUGUGCUGCUCUGCUUUCUCAGCACACUGCCUCACCAAGAGAAGAAUCCAGAGAAGGACUGGUAGACUUGGAAUGUGAAGUCAUGGUCCAUCUGAUGAUGUUCAGGGAUGUGGCUGUAGAUUUCUGUCAGGAGGAGUGGGAGUGCCUGGACCUGGAACAGAGGGAUUUAUAUAGAGAUGUGAUGUUGGAGAACUACAGCAACAUGGUCUCACUGGGUCUUUGCAUUUAUCAGCCAGAAGUGUUCUCUUUAUUAGAGAAAGGGAAAGAGCCCUGGAAGAUUUUGAAGGAUGAGACAAGAGGACCUUGCCCAGACAUGCAGUCCAGGUGUCAGACCAAGAAGUUAUUACCAAAAAAUGGCAUUUGUGAGAGAGAAAUAGCCCAACUGGAAAUAAUGAAAAUUUGUAAAAACCACAGCCUUGAAUGUUUAUGUUUUAGAGGUGAUUGGGAAGGCAACGUUCAGUUUCAAACACUACAAGAUAAUCAAGAGGAAUGUUUCAAGCAGGUGAUACUCACCUGUGAAAAACGGCCCACUUUUAACCAGCACAUAGCCUUUAAUCUACACCAGAGACUUAACACAGGAGACAAACUGAAUGAAUUUAAAGAAUUGGGGAAAGCCUUUAUUUCUGGCUCAGAUCAUACUCAACAUCAGUUAAUUCACACAAGUGAGAAAUUCUGUGAAGAUAAAGAAUGUGGGAACACCUUUCUUCCUGAUUCAGAAGUUACUCGACAUCAGACAGUUCACACUGUUAAGAAAACAUAUGAAUGUAAAGAAUGUGGGAAGUCUUUUAGUUUACGUUCAAGUCUUACUGGUCAUAAGAGAAUUCAUACUGGUGAGAAACCUUUUAAAUGUAAGGAAUGUGGGAAAGCCUUUAGAUUUCAUUCACAACUUAGUGUCCAUAAGCGAAUUCAUACUGGUGAGAAAUCUUAUGAAUGUAAGGAAUGUGGGAAGGCCUUUAGUUGUGGCUCAGAUCUUACUCGACAUCAGAGAAUUCAUACUGGUGAAAAACCCUAUGAAUGUAAUGAAUGUAGAAAGGCCUUUAGUCAGCGGUCACAUCUUAUUAAACAUCAGAGAAUUCACACUGGUGAGAAACCUUAUGAAUGUAAGGAGUGUGGGAAAGCUUUUACUCGUGGAUCACACCUAACUCAGCAUCAGAGAAUUCAUACAGGAGAGAAAUCUCAUGAGUGCAAGGAAUGUGGAAAAGCCUUUAUUCGUGGUUCAAAUCUUGCUCAACAUCAGAAUGUUCACAUUGGUAGGAAACCUUAUGAAUGUGAGAAAUGUGGGAAAGCCUAUAUUUGGAGCUCACACCUUGCUCGACAUCAGCGGAUUCAUACUGGCAGGAAACUUUAUGAAUGUAAGCAAUGUGGGAAGACUUUUACUUGGCCUUCAUAUCUUGCUCAGCAUGAGAAAAUUCAUAAUGAGAGGAAAUCCUAUGAAUGUAAGGAUUGUGGAAAGACCUUUCUUCAUGGCUCAGAGUUUAAUCGACAUCAGAAAAUUCAUACUGGUGAGAGAAACUAUGAAUGCAAGGAAUGUGGGAAGACCUUUUUUCGUGGUUCAGAACUUAAUCGACAUCAGAAAAUUCAUACUGGAAAGAGGCCAUAUGAAUGUGAAGAAUGUGGAAAAGCCUUUCUCUGGGGUUCACAACUUACUCGACAUCAGAGAAUGCAUACUGGUGAGGAACCUUAUGUAUGUAAAGAAUGUGGGAAAUCUUUUAUCUGGGGUUCACAGCUUACACGACAUAAGAGAAUUCAUACUGAUGCAGAACCUUACGGAUACAAGAAAAGUAGCCACAUCUUUAGUCACCAUUCAUAUUUUACUGAACAAAAAAUUCAUAAUGGUGGAAAUCUCUGUGAAUGGACAGACUAUGGGAACUCCUUUAGUCAUGAGUCAAACUUUGCUCAACACCAGAAUAUUUACACUUUUGAGAAAUCCUAUGAAUUUAAAGAUUUUGAGAAAGCAUUUUCUUCGAGCUCUCACUUCAUUUCACUCUUGUGA